AUACCUACGAGACCUCAUGCGACGGAUUGGAGAAUUGGAAUCUUGCAGAGAGUUAACAGAGUCGAAGACAAGAACAAAAAGAACUAUUCGGGAUCAUGUCGAGCAAACAUCUGAUAACUACGGCAAUAACAAAAUCACCAAUGGAAAGAAAUCAUCCUACUUAAAUAAAAGGGAAGCCUGUGAGGACAUCGACUGUGUUGCAUCUAAAGAUGGCUCAACUGAUAAUCUAACCGUCAGCAUGAACAACAAGGAUUUGACAAUCGAGUUCAGAUGUCGAUGGCUGGAUGGAAUUUUGUUCGAGAUAAUGGAUGCACUAAGCAUUCUCGAUUUGGAUUGCCACUCGGUUCAGUCAUCUACCAUGGAUGGGAUUCUCCCCAUGACUAUAAACUCCAAGUACAAAGGAUCAAGUGUUGCAAAACCAAGAACAGUGAAGCAAGCGUUACAAAGAGUUCGUUCUUUAACCUUUGUGUAACAUUCUAGUCGUAGCAGACGAUAAGGUUUCCGGAUCAUGUCGGUUC